GAUUAUAUCAGCAGGUCUAAGUAAGUAAGCAGGUCUCAAACACACAGCCAACACCUGCCUAUGACUCAACCCAAACUCCAACUCAGACAUUAUGGAUAGACCCUGGUUGCAGACUUCCAGCUCCUAAGGAGGGAUUCUGGGAAAGUGUGCAUACCAGCUCUCUGAGGUCUUCAUGAAGAUCGAAUAUCCAACUCGUUUCGAAGUCUACCACAACAAUUCCAUGGCCAUAACAGACUGUAAUCAGCAGCCUCUACGGUUGGACCCACAGACAGUUUGAACUGUGAAUCUAUCAGGGCUCGCGGUGUACAUUGUGCUCGACACAGCCAGCGAAGGUCAGAGAAGAGGUGGACAGUGUGGCAGGGCCCAGGGGUGAGCCAGAGGAAGACAAGGAGUCAAGGAGAUGCGCCACGCAGACUUCCUGGUCGGGAACCAAUAGCAGUAGAGGGAGGAAGUCACUUGUUUUGGCUCUUCCGCUCCCUUGACGUUCACAGUGUCGGGAGCUGAGCGGACGGAAAGGAAGGAGCACCAUGGGUCGCUUGGAUGGGAAAGUGAUUGUGUUGUCAGCUGCAGCGCAGGGGAUUGGACGUGCUGCAGCUAUAGCAUUAGCAAAGGAGGGAGCUCAUGUCACGGCCACAGACAUCAAUGGAGAAAAGCUUAGGGAGCUGGAUGGCGUCCCAGGGAUCAAGACCAAGGUGGUGGACGUGACUAAGAAGGACCAGGUGGAAGCCCUGGCCAAGGAGCACGAGCAUGUAGAUGUGCUGUUCAACAUUGCUGGGUUUGUGCACCAUGGCUCCAUCUUGAACUGUGAAGAGGCCGACUGGGACUUCACCAUGAACGUGAAUGUCCGGAGCAUGUAUCUCAUGUGCAAAGCAUUCCUGCCUAAGAUGUUGGCAAAGAAGGCAGGAAACAUUAUUAACAUGGCUUCUGUUGCAUCAAGCAUAAAAGGUGUUGUGAACCGGUGCGUCUAUAGUACCUCCAAGGCCGCAGUAAUUGGCCUCACCAAGUCUAUAGCGACUGAUUUCAUCGAGCAAGGCAUCCGCUGUAAUUGUAUAUGUCCCGGGACUGUUGACACUCCAUCACUGAGGGGGAGGAUCGAGGCCCAACCCGACCCAGAACAGGCUUUAAAGGAUUUCAUGGCAAGACAGAAAACUGGCAGAAUGUGUACAGCUCAAGAGGUGGCGUACCUGUGUGUAUACCUGGCCUCAGAUGAGUCGGCCUACGUGACAGGGACGGAGCAGAUCAUCGAUGGAGGUUGGAGUCUGUGAGAAAACAUCGCGGCAGUGGUGGCACAAAUCCCCCUCCCGAAAUGAAGUCUGCACAAUUUGAAGAUAUAUAUAUAUAUAUAUAAAUUGAUUUUUGAUGAUUUUGAUGGAGAAUCUUCCCUUUGUGCAACUCCAAUAUAUGUUGCGACAUGUGUGCCAACACUUGUGGCCGCCUGUAUCACAGGUACAGUGUAACUACCUAUAUUCAUUCUAAUCUGUAUGUGCCCAAUCAACGAGACUGACAAUGGAAUGUGUCAAAGGAUCUAAUAAAAACGGUCUAACAGCAAAA